AUGGCCACUAGAGUGCGCCAGUCAACUGCUGCUCCCAGCCGGGCAUCGACAGUAGCACCGACUCCAGCAAAAUCGGGGACACAACUGCCACCCUACGAAGCGCCGUCAUUCCCACUCAAUCCAGCAGCACAACGAGCACUUGACAACCUCACCCGCACCCACAACUUGAAGAAACUGGACGACAGCAUCACAGAUGCGCAAAAGGCACUCCAAGACGUGGCAGCCGGGAUCAAUGACAGACUCUCUGAACGCGAGAAGCAAGUCUCGAAGAAACGAAAGGCGCAAGCUCCAGAUCCGACGCCAGACGAUGCGGCAGAGGCGGGUGAGGAGGGUCAAAACCUCGACGAGCUAAGGGACAAAGUGCAGAGGAUGACGACGCGCAUGGAUGAGAGCAUACGGAAGUUGAUUGACGGGCAGCAUAGCGUGCAGGCCAUCAGAGAAUCCAUUGCUGCUACAGCCACGGAUGCGAGGGCGAGCGCUAGUACGCAAGCUAGCACACAGGCCGGUCCCACUCAGCGACGGAGGAGACAAGAUGGCGAAGAAGGCGAUGGCGAGGAGGACGAAGAGUACCAGGACUUCACCCCCACCGACCCCCGAGGCGGCACCCAAGCCCAGAAAACAGCCAUCGAGACCUUCCGCUCCAAACUCGAGGACUCCAAAACCCGCUACCAAUCCCACAGCCUCGCCGAGCGCUACGCAGAAAAUAACACAUACCGCGACUUCAGGCGCGUCGUCCACGACGCCCAACACCACGACGGCGACGUCCCGCUCGCCCACCACAGCGACUGGUUCGACGAGGGCCCAGCCCCCGCCCCAGGCAUGACGACCCGUGCACGCGCCGACGCCGACGCCGACGACGAUUCCGACGACGAUCUCGCGGUUUCAAGGAUGACGAUCAGCACGAAGUGUCCACUCACCCUGACGGAAUUCAAACAGCCGUUGACAUCGAGGAAGUGCCCGCAUAGCUUCGAGUCCGCAGCAAUACUCAGUCUCCUCAGCACAUCCGCCACCCGCGAAAACGGGCGUGCAGGGGAGAAAAUCGUCCAGUGUCCCGUCUCCGGCUGCUCGCAAACCUUAACAAAGAAUGACCUCCACACGGACGCAGUACUCGUACGGCAGAUCAAGCGACUCCAACGCUCCCGCGAACUCGAAGAGGAAGACGGGGACGACGACCAGGACGGCGCGAACGGGGCUACGGUUGUCGAAGAUGGGGAUGAUGCGGCGGAUGUGGAUGAUAUUGUUGAAGGAAGGACGCAGGUUAAGGGGGAGCCGCAGAGUGGGCGGACGCCGGCGGGGAUGAGGAGGAGUACGGAGGAGGAGGUGGUUGAGGUAGGGAGUCAGGAGGAUGAGGAAGCGGGGGAGGGGGAGGAGGAUGGGGAUGUUACGCAGGAUGAGUGA